UAUUCUGAAACUGAAAAAAUGAGUAGCCUUCGGAAUAGUGUAUUACAAAGCUUUAAAAAAAUACAUCGCACUAGAAUGAAAGUUUUCGACGGAGAUAUAAGAGCAUUAACUGCAGCUAGAGCAAAAAUUAAUGAGGAGUAUAAAAAGAACAAACAUGUUACUGAAGAAAGUUCAAUAAGAGCUAUGAUUAAAUUUAGUGAAGAUGUUGAAACUGAAUUAAGAACACAAGUAAUACAAGCUCGGGAAGUGAGGCCUGGUGUAUUUGAGGCAAAGAUUACGGAAGAUACCCUGAAAUUGGAAAAUAUUCCUUAUAAUGACAGUGCUGUACCAGAUGACAAUACAGAUGGUCCCAGACCUUCUUGUAAGAAUCAAGCAAAAAGUAAAUGA